CUAUCUUCUAAAACUUCCCCAAAACCAAUUUUUUUUCCUCAGUAAAAUUAUAUUAUUAGAGAUGAAAUUCUCAGGCUUAGCACAUGCUUUCUUAGCAGCUGUGUUUGUUUUCCAAUAUUCAUGUAACCAAACAACUCCAAUCUCAGCCACAAAAACAACACCAACAAUAUUCCCAAACCCAACAUACUUUAGCUACAUAAAAACAUCAUGUAACGUUACAAUCUAUCCCAAAUUGUGUUACGAAUCUCUCUCUGUUUUUGCACAGAGUAUCAAAACCAACCCCAAACUCUUAGCCUCCACAGCCCUAAACGUGUCCCUUACAGCCACAAAAACGACGUCGGUUAUCAUCAACAGGUUGUCUAGGACACGUGGCUUGAGUCCCAUGGAGGUUGCAGCUGUUCAGGACUGCGUGGAAUUGAUUGGUGACUCGUUGGAGGAGCUGGAAAAGUCAGUUUGCCAAAUGGGUCAACUGGGAGACUAUGAUUUUGGGGCUCAGAUUAGUGAUAUUCAGACUUGGAUUAGUGCUGCUUUGACUGAUGAUGGCACUUGUGUUGAUGGUUUUUCUGAGGGUGGGAAAUAUGGUGAUGGUAAUGGUAAUGCCAAGGUCAUUGUACGGAGGCAUGUGCUUAAAGUUUCUCAUCUUACUAGUAAUGCUCUGGCUCUGCUCAAUAACUAUGCCUCAUUAGUUCAAGCAUCCUUGUUGCAUUAAGUUUAAGUUUUCUGUUUGGUUCUCGGGAAAGAAAGAAAGAAAGAAAAGUUGGGAAAAGCUAAGCUAUUAUUGAUUGAGAGAAAAGAUUACUCUUUUGGUACGAACCUUUUUCAUUUCGGGGAAAAAAGCUAUUAUGACAGAUGAAAGUUUGUUGUCAUAUAUGUUGGAUAGUCUAGUGAGAAAUUUGUAAUUAAGUGUAUGUAUGUAUACAUGUGUUUGUUUUUUUUUUUUGUGUGGAUUUGUAUAUAUAAUUGGUGAGUGAGCAUGUUAUUAGCCUUAUUUUGAAGAAGAGACCAUUCUCAU